ACCUGCUCCCCGGAGACACGCUCCAUUGUCCCCCGGGGCCAUAAACACUUCAUUGAGCAUGUGGCGCGGGCCCUGCGUUCUUCGGAGCCCUUCCCGGCAUUCCCAUUGGCUCGGGCGAGUGUGAGAACCUCGGCCGAGGCCGAGACCCACACAUUCAUAUGGAGAUCGGCGCGUAUAAAUAAAGGAAAGGAGGCGGCGGAGGAGGAAGGCAGCUCACACUCGGAGAACGAGCGGACCAGCGAGCAUGGCUCCUGCAGUUUAUGGACCGAGUCACUUUUCCAAGGAGACUUCGGCUCACAAGCUGAGAAAGCCGCUGGUGGAGAAAUUGCGGCGAGACCGCAUCAACACCAGCAUCGAGCAGCUCAAGUCCCUGCUGGGCCCCGAGUUUCUCCGACAGCAGCCCGACUCCAAGCAAGAGAAGGCCGACAUCCUGGAGAUGGCCGUGUGCUACCUGAGGAGCUGGCAGCAGCAGCAGCGGCGGCGGCGGCCCUCCUCCUCCUCCGACGGUUAUGCACACUGCGUCCAACAGGCCGUCAGCUUCUUGUCGCACUGCAAGGUCCAGAACCCGGCCCAGAGGCGGCUGCUGGUACACUUCCAGGACCUGCAAGCGUCUAGCGGGAGCAACAGAGGUCCGCAAAGCACACCGUCACCCCCGGCUUCACCACUCAGCUCCGGGAAGUGUGCCGGCCACGCCGGCGCGGCCCUGUGGAGGCCCUGGUAGAGGCCGAAAGGAGGACCGCAAGCCGCAUAUUGAAGACCGAUGAAGUCGAGUUCUUUUGGGGUCACCGUGUGACCAGAUAGCCGCCGUGUGGCAGUAUUCCUUUGGGAGGAUUUGAUAUGGGGUCAGGUUUUACUGAACGACGCGUGGUCACCAUGUGACCGUGUUUGCGCAUGAACUGUGACAUCGCACCUGAUUCGGGUGCCGAUUUAUUCAAGAAUUGUUUGUCUUUGAUACCGUGUAUUAUUUAAGCGCCCUGAAAUGCAUCCUAUGGAUACACUCGCGCUGUAAAUCCAAUUUUGAUUGAAUAAUUACUGUCAUUCUGUGUAGCCUGAUGUUUGACGCCACAUUUUCGUGGCAGUGUCAACGCUUAUUGUUCAAAAUGGACGUCAAGUGCUACUUUGAAAGCCUUUUUGAAAAGGAACCAUGUGUGCUUCCCUGAGAAGAAAAUAAAGAAAAAGCUUCAGACGAAGUUUUGCAAAUCCGA